AUGCCAAAGAUCACGAGCCCUUCCCGCAAACCAAUAAUCCAAGCCCCGCCAGGCGCUGGGAAAAGCGGUUCCGCUUCCGCUAGAUCUUCUGUCGGCCGGGCUACACGGGCUGCACGCUCUGCGACAGCCAGAGCGGAUGCUAGCUCCCAGGCAACUACCCGAGUUGCGAAGCUAAAGCAAUACGCGGGCCCCUCUCCCAAGACGGAAGCCCCCGUGGAAGUGAAGGACUGGCACCAAGUCUAUGAAAGAUGCUUAGUUCUCCUCCAAGAGGCUGAUGAAGACUCGGAGAAGCUCGAGGAAAAAAUGAACAAAGAGCGAGGGGAGGCUACUCAAACUGUGUUGCAGCUACACGACGAAGUGAAGAAAGCGACGGCCGAAGUCAGCCAGCUCAACUUGGAAAAAGAAGAGAUCAUGGGCAAGACACGGGAGCUUGCGGGAGAAGUGCGGCGGCUGAAGCAAGAGCUGGAGACUACAAAUGCCAGGCACCAAGAUCAAGUGGCGUGGAGCGAAAUCUUUCCUGUGCUUCAACGGACGCACAGCAACUUGCUUUCUGCCGCGGAUGAGGUCUGGAAAACGUACGACACGCUUCAGAAUAGACGUAAUGGGACUUUCUUACCUGGAUCUGGGGUCUACUGGUUGGACCAGCCUACGCAGCUUACCGCAAUGGGUCCCAGCUCUUUGCCCGACCUUGCCUUGGCGCCGACCAAUCUCUCAAUGGAUGCUCCGCAAGGGCCGGCUCAGCUCGACCAGUACGGGGGACAUUCGUGGAAAGAUGUUUGA